GAUUAUUCAUCCUCUACUCGAUACAGUUAGGGUUCUUGUUAACAUUACUCUAUCAUAUUGGUCCUUCGUUGUCCGCCAUAUUAUUGAUGCCUCGACGUCGUACCUCUUCCUGCUGCUUCCUUUCAUUCACCUUGCGUGAGAUUGUACUGUUCUAGGAAUAUUUAACUUUUGUCAGACUUUACUGCUUUGGAUUUUGUUUCCUCAAGCCUGUUACAUAUGGGUAAGAAUUCGUCCGCUGCACGUCUGCAGUAUCUCUAGUGGUCUUUGUAAUCUUCAAUUGGGCCACAGUGUAAUGGCACAACUUUUGAUUUAAAAUGUUUUUUCUGCGGCUCGUACUGAGUACUUGCACUUGAACUUGCAAGAAGAAUAGGCUUCAAUUAUAGAAGGAAAUAUAUAUUGCUCAAUUCCUUCGUUGGUUAUGGUCUCUUGUCUUCAGUUCAGUAUGCAGAGAAUCGAAGAUAACACAUCCUUCCUUUGUAUUUCAUGGUACAUGCCAACACUUCUCUUCCAGUUUCUCCCUUCUUUUCUUCUGAGUUUCAUGUUUGACGUCCUCCGUAUGGUCUUUCGCUUUCAACUGCGUCCAAGUGGCAUCGACUUGGCUGCAUGGGAUUACCUUCGUUCAAGCAGGUUACAGUUGGACUUUUUUCAAAUAUACCGACGUGUCUAGUCAUCUUGAAACUCUUCAGGUCAGACUAGAACGUCACAGGCCUUGCAUACUUCUAAAUUCAGUCAUUGUCCUUGCGAACGCAUAUUAAAUCUCGCUUCCUGAAUAUAUCUUUCACCUGCUUUUCCCAUCCAUCUGUGUCAUUGGUACUAUGUCCAUGAGUCUUGUAGAUACUUUAUUAAUUUAAGAUUGAGUAGAGUGUUUCAAUCUUUUGUCUGCCGCAUCCCCCAUCUCGAGUUGCGAACUUGUACGAUCAAUCUUAUGUCUAGAGUUACCUGAAAAUUUUACGUGUUUUCUCUUCAGUAACACACAUGAGAAUCAUUGGCUCUACUUAGCGUAUUGGAAAUUGAUGAGCGAUGAAGUCGCUGUGUUUCCGGAAGACGUUUUUUUAAACAUUAGUAUACCUGAAUAGUUUCAUCUACUUGCUCCCGUCGGAUUUACGCUGGUUCUUUGCUUUUAAUGCUAUUGUUAUUUUUAGUUUGUUAAGUGGUUGUAAAUUUUGUGUCUUUACGUUACCUACUUCCAGACGAUAUCUCUCAUACUGUAGCAGCUCCUUGUCUACUCUCUUGCAAUUGCCAUAUCUUGCCCACAUUCAUUCUAACCUUCAAGUUCUUUACUUUCAAUGCUACUGAUACUAGUAUCUGUGGUCAAUGUUUUGGAGUUGAAUGAAGUUCAGUGAAUAGAUGUGAUAUUCCUCCAAAUGAUUUCUCCCCUCCCACAGAUGGUUUUGUGGACUCUUGCAUUUGCCAUAUGUUGCGCAUACUCAAUACUGCCAAUUAGAUCCUGACCAUUGCUCCUGAGAUCAGAACUCUCACUGUUACAUUCACCAGAUUGAACUGAAGUCCAACUUGAAUUUUACCGAGAUUGCUAUGACCACCCCCUCAUCUUAGUAAUUUUACAGCUUUUGAUUGUAUUAAGUACAUGAUGGAAUGACAAGAUGUACUCGCUGGCCUGAAUAGUUUCUUGAGCAGCAAUAUAUACACCUUUCAGUCUCAGUUUUAACAUGUGUACACAAAUUCGGAACCAUGGUGGCUGGUGACUCUGAAUUAACCCUAAAGUAAAUUACUAUUUACCUUUUAUAAAUCAUAGUGAUCCACUUUAUUGUUCGAGUAACUGACUAAGAUCAUUCAGAACAUAGUGUGGACAUUCUUAUUCUUUAGGUUCGCGUAGGUUUUCUAGGCUUCACUGCCUAUCCUGUUGCAAUUCAGAUUCAGAUUCAAUUCAGAUACAAUUCUGUUUGUUAAGAGUGCAAGAGCAAGGCAGGUUUGAUCCUUUCAUGGCGCUCUACCUACCUAAGAUAUUCCUUUUACUCAUCUGGUAAUUGGGCGUAUUUCCACCGUAUCUGCUCUUAUGACUUUUCUUGUCGGUUUUAUCGUCCUUCAUAAUAAGUUGUGCUACCCUUGAAGCUAACCCUUGCAACUGGUCCUGCCGCACUUUGGAACCGAGACGCGAGGAAGAUUCGUGAAAACUUUCUUUGGUCUUUCUUAAGUUGUAUCGUUUCUUCUCCUAUCUUUCUCUAUUCCAAUGUGAACGGUAACUCGCUUUUGGUCUAUACACACAAAUGGAAUUGUACGCAUUUCAAUUUUCAAUAUUGUACGCAUUUUACUAUGAAAUGCGUACAAAACGAGUACAAAACGUGUACUUCUGUUAUUGUUCUUUCACAUGUCUGUCUUAUGAGAUUACUUUUCGUAGUAUUAACUGCAGACAGAAUCGUAGGUCUGACUGAUACAUUUACGCUAGAAUAUAUGCAUAUCUUGAAAUCCUUGUUUGCUGUUGCAAAAUUUCCACCUGUAUGUCAUCAGACUCAUGUUACAGUCAAAAGUCUAGAGUGGCCACGUUAGAGUUUUUGCCGAUAAUCAUGAAAUUUUGAAAGUUUAGCACCUUCGUUGUGCAUCACUCCACAGCACCUUUAGAUUAGCAGUGAGACGUGAGUGGGAUAUGGAGGAAGCUGUUCCCUCUUCUGGAGAGGCGUUGAUAUCUACUGCAGGGAGGAAGUUCUCUAGCAGGAGCAUAUAACACUUGAGGUGAUAUGUUGAGAUAUACAGAAUUACGAGGAGAUGUGGCCCAAAAGCAUUCUGGGUAUGAUCCCGAUCAGAUUUUGAGGAGGAAGUUUGUACACGUAAGCGAGAUAGUUGCAGAGAAGUGUCCGCGUACACUGGUGGUAAGAGGCUAAGUAUGCACGAGUGUAGGUUUGGCUGCGAGAAAUCGAUCGCCCGCUCCCAUACGCUCUGUAUGACACUGUUUUUGUUUUGAUGGGUUUUUCGAAAGGCGGCGUUGCUUACUGUGGCGAAGGUUAGUUGCUUGGUAAAUUGGCUGACAACCGAGGUCAUUCAACGUUUUGUUGUCAUUGUAGUGAUGUGACUUGUUCGGUUGUCUUGUCGCUUUUCAGUUCUCCAAUCUUACCGAUUCCGUGAUUCAUGUCUCUACUUAUGGUGGCAUUUUGUCGUACACGAUCUCCAAAUACCCCACCGAAAUUUGCAUGUUCCAAGUGUCUUUUGAAUGUAUAUUUCUCGCUCACGUCAUGCCGGUGUCUGUCUACAUGUUUUCUCCAUAAAACAUCGUCUUCAUCUCUGGCGUUGUCAUCCAUCGCAUACAGAAAACAUAAAGAAACCAGUUUAACAAGAGGUAGGCAUUUUGUUUAGUCCGUAUGUACUAACGUCCAAGGAUUCUUCAAAUAGUUGACUCAGAAAGUCUGUUCUCUUAAAAGGCUGUGGUACGAGUCCUCACAGUGAAGGAAUAACAACCAUUUGCUGGGCGCAAAGCCUCAGUAGUAUCCUUCAAGACCAGAUCUGGGACUCGUAAAUCACAGCAGAGUCUGUAUGAUGGUCUGUAAACAACCAUGACACUAGUGGCUGAACUGGAAGCUCGUAUCACACUUUCCAUUAAACUGAUAAAGUGAGCUAUUGCUGCAACCAAGAGGCCAAGUCGGUGUAACUCGGCUGCAAUGGAAAUAAGACUCAAAUUAGUUCAUUUAUUUUGAUGUACGAAGACCGUACUGACGCUCAAGAGUGUGAACGAUGGCGAGUCUUCAGAGAAUGCGCAGGCACGGUUCCUGUUUGGUCCUAUGAGGAUACUAAAACAUCAAGUGAAGAGCCGGAAAACGAUGAACUGCAAAUGUGUGCUUGUCUUCCCCUGCCCGGAGCGUAUGAGAGGCUGACGACUGCAGGAGGAAGCCAGUGAAACAAGUUACACAAACUAAAGCAGAUUUUCUCCAACACGAGUUUGGCCGAGGACUUCCUGAGUUGACAAUGGCGGUAUGUAAAGACACAUCUCCAACAGUCAAGACUGUAAAAAUCAUCUGGUACAUCCACGCGACCAUUUCAGUAUCAUACCUGCACAAAGCCACGUUUGCGAGGUGAGGCUUCUCUCUCUACGGCGCUGCCCACGCUCAAGCGCCCUGUCGAGCCUCAUCCCCUGGUAUGAUGGUGAGUGUGUUCCAAGAUCUCACCCGGAUCAAAUCCCCGAUGUAUCAUAGACCCGGACAUGGCCCACGUAGACUGAAGAACGUGGGCUGUUCAUGUACCCAUGAGGAGCAAUGAGAGGGAGUCAAUGCCGAAUUUGCCAAGAGCACGCAGACGGAUCGCGUUGAUUGAACGUGAGCACGAAGGAAGAGUGCAGGAGACCUUCCAGUUGUUAGUUUUCGCAUGGGAACUGAACUCCGAUGAUACGAGCUCAUUAGUCGGUGAAAGCAGCGGAUCGUGAAGGGGAAGCAGAAGGAUACGCAUAAUCACGUUGCUCGAAUCUGGCCUGCUGAAACGCAUGGUGGGAAAUUGAAGCCAAAGCCAAAGGCAAAUGCAGCCAUGAUGUCAAGAGUCCACGAGACGCGUGUUUCCCUUGCUCGAGAGCACGUGAAGUAUGCCCAGUCUGCAGAUAGAGGUCGAGAAUGUAAACUCGGUGCACGAGUUCCCGUUCACGGUUCACGGAGCGAGCUCGGCCGAGCAGGAGGAACAUGCAGGACGAGUCCACGGGCUCAUCAGCCGAAAAGAGCACAGCGAAUCGUGCGAGGGCCACUCGGGCCGCCGCGUCCUUGCUGCUAAUCCUUCGUCCUCUGACCAAGAGUCCAGAGGAAGAAGGACUAAUUUCAUAAUUUCUCAUCGCUGUGUCAGACUGAGGGCCCAGCGAGCGUUUCCAUGCUGAGAAGUCCGAUGCACAACAGCAGCAGCAGCAGGGGAGCUCUGAUGUUGAUCAUAUGGGGCUUACUGCGAUGCAACAGAAUAACGAUGGCAAUCUGCACCGGGUGGUGAAUUAAAUGGCCUGAUUCAAGGUCGGUCCGAAACCCAUCCAUCCGUCCGUGACGUCCAUGUUGACAAUUGCAGUCCUCGGGAGGUCGGUCGGUCGGUCGGUCUCGGCUGGUCUUCGAGCGUCAUGAAUGCCAGCAAUGGCGACAAACAGAUGGAAGUGCAUGCCUUCUGAGGGUGGGGAAUGUUGCAACAGAACCACACCUUUUCUGAAGCUUAUCCACUGUCGGAGGACGAUGAGGAGGAGGUUGAGGACGAGGACGACGAGCAUGAGGCCUCCCUUUCAAAUCUCCAGUCUGCCCUUGGAACGAGGAUUUCGCAUGCACAUGCCAGUCAGCUAGCUAGAUGUGCAUGAGUCCGCCAUCGCUGCGAGGUGCAACCCAAACGGCAGGGCAGCGCAGGCCAGGCCAGGGCAGCUUAAAUAGCUUAUCCAGCUCAUGAGAUUUGGCAGCAGAGUCAAGAUUGAGCAGCUGGUAGACCAGACCGGACCAAAGCAAACCAACCCAAGCCAAAGCAAAGCAGAGCAGAGCAGAGCAGACCAGCCAGGCCAGACCAGACCAGACCAGAGCAUGCAGGGCUGCGAAUAGUGAGUGGGUGUGGAAGUGGAUGAGAGGAGAAAUUCGGCACAGAAGUGUCAGCUCGAGAGGAUGCUGAUGAUGUUCAGAUAAAAGAAAAUCUUGACUUGCGAACGCAUGCGGAGAGAUUGGAGACGGAAAUGAAGCCCAGCGGUUGCUCGGACCACAAGGGCCACAACAUGACACUCAUGAAGGCCGAGAUUCCAUGAAAUCUGCAAUGACCGAGUGCUGCGGUCAUGUCCGGGUGACGCGAGGCCAUGGGGUGGGGUGGGGUGGGAUGGCAUGGCAUGGCAUGGCCGAGCGAAAAGAAACCAUGGAUUCCAGCAGCUCUGCAACAACAACAACAACGCUCGGCUAUGAAUGAGCUCAGUCACAUCACCGCGAGAUCCUCGCUCGAGGCGGAGAUGCUCGCUGAAUUUGGAUAUUCACUGCCAGCGCUGGACAGCACUUUUUAGGAGAAUGUGGUGGAUUGGGUCACACUCUUCACAUUCUGAAGAAAAGAGAGACCUUUAGGAAUUUAAGCGACAUGCAUUUGUCGUGUCCAUUGCUUUGCAAUCUUUUCGGUUGUGAGGUCAGCAGGGCGACAAAAAUCAAGAGCCUCUGCGAUUCGGUGGGAAAAGAGGCAGCAGGCAGGCUAAAGGUCAAGGGCCUUGCGAGACUUCUUUCAAACGACAUCGCUCUUCCUAGCGCUUGUGAGAGAGCGCUGAUGGAUGAUAGAUGAUGAUACAUGAUUGAUCCGUAGCUCAGAUCUACCACUGCUACCACUACUACUACCAUCGCUACUACUCCUGCUGCUGCUGCUCAGGACUAGCAAAGAAUUUGGUAAGAAAGCAGGCUCAAUCCUCAGAAUGGUAUGUCACAUCGAUCGGAACUCAGACGAGCUUCUUUAGGUCUGGGGCUGCUGGUGCUACCUCAAUCGUCGCAGUAGUAAGUAGUGAAUAGGAGGACAGGGCAGAGCAGAGCAGGUCAGAGCAGGUCGACCAGCUGCAUUCUCUCAAUCCAUGACUCUCCCGUCUUGCGCGACCCAAAAGGGAAGCAUGCAGAACCUUACCCAUGCAGUGCAGGGCACUGAAGGAUUUUACAACUUUCGUUCGAGUGCUCCUAGCAGCACAGCACAGCACACCGGAGCAUAGAUAGCAGCAGCAGCAGCUAGCUGAUCGUCUGUCUCCUUUUGUUGGCACACAUCUUGCUCAUUUGACUACCCCCACCUCCAUCCUCUGAUACUUUGCCUAUGAUUGGGGGCGAGACCAAUCGGAUUGGGGACGCGUAUCGUAGUCCUCGAACAUGUGGGCUCGAUCUCUCGAGCGCCAAGGCGAGGGCCAUACAGGAGGUAAUUCACGUGAGUUCUAUGGCAUCUUGCUUUUCCUUGUCCGGGUAUGUUCUUACUCCAGGUUUCCAUGAUUGGGGUGGGGCACCGGAGGAGCAACCUUUUGCAAAGAUAUGCUUGUCUUAAUAGAUCUGCUCGUUCGUCGCCCUCCAUGUCUCGACCGGCCGAUCGAGGCCCAUCGAGCCACACGAGUUCGAACUGGCCCCUGGCCCCUGGCCCUGGCCCAGCAGCAGCAUCACAUCUCAUUAAAUCCGGCCGCACUGCUGCAGCUGCUUCUGCUGCUGCUUGUGUAGGCGGUACGAACCCACCCACUGAUUGCCGCUCUGGGUGAAGAAGUCCCGGCAGGCCCUGGCGACUACUCGAUUGCACAACGACCUCGGUUAUGUAUGGUCGGGAUCAUUUGAUGCCCCGGACCGACCGUCGGUUCGUUCGUUCGUUCGUUCUCUCAUGAGUGCAGGCGAGGAUUCCUUCACUCUCUCAACUACAUCACGCUCGAUCCCUCGCUUCCCCUCGCGCUUGCGCCCCAGGAGCCCUUUUCUGUCCGGGAUCGAGGCUCGGAAAAGCAGCAGAGAUCAGCUCGCUCGUCCAUGGAGAGGAGAGGAGAGGAGAGGAGAGGAGAGCGAGCGAGCGAGCGAGGAUCAUCUGUUGGGCUGCAACCAAUGAACCUCUGCUGGCCUGCACGUCCUCCCACUCUGAUUGACCGACCAGGAUAAAAAUAUCCGAUAUGAUUUCGAACUAACGAGGGCUAGGCCAAAACCAGAUGCCCAGAAUGGGUGACGUGGUACUCGGGCUCCCUCUCACGCUCGAGUCCAUCAGCAGCACCGUUUCCAGGGCCAUGACGAGGACGAGGACGAAGAGCUCCAGCAGGCACCAGGUCUGCCUGCAAGCAAGCAGUCGGCCGGUGGCGCUUCUCCCUUCUCCCUUCUCCCUUCUUCUUCUUCUUCUUCUCCUCCUCCUCCUCCUCCUCCUUCUAAGAGGACGAGGACGACGACUACUGCUACUGCUGGGAUCGGCUCCGAUGAUGAUGAUGAUGAGUCUGAUCUCGUCUGCUGCUGCUGUUCGUCUCUACGAGUAGACGGACCAGAAGGUGUGUGUGAUCUGAAAUCGGUUCGCUUUUUGGCCUUUACUUGCUUGUAGCUCAGAGGCCCAGAGGCCCAGACGGCUCAGACCAGCUCAUGUGCUUGUCCAGACCCGGCAGACAGGAAUAGAAGAGGUGAAAGGCCUUUCUCCCCCUCCAUCAUCAAUGCUCUCCAUCCUCGUGCAGGCGGUAAUUCCUGUGCCCACCCCUCGGCGCUACUGUAUUCUGUCCUCGUACAGUACCGCGAUCCGUAUGAAUGUACGACUCGCUCGCUCGCUCGCUCGGUCAGUCAGAAAGGCUUCUCGGGCAUCUCUCGAGGGCCCCGAACUUUGAUUAUCUCGCCACUCAUUAGCACCUACGAGAGCGCGAGGGGCGCAGGGCCUGUUUUAGCCACGUGCAGUCCCCGCGCCAAAGCGGAAAAGCCUGCCCUGCGGAUCUUCUGCAGCCUCGGGCCUCUCUGCUCAAGGGCUCGCGCUUCGUUGGAUAGAGCUCGCCCCUCCUGCUGCUGCUGCAUGGCGACGUCCCCCCACUCUCCAAACUCUCUCCCCCCCUUCCCCCCGGGUCCUUGGUCCGAGCGACGAACGAGUCUUCCACUUUCGACUCUCUGCAUGAAAUUCGAAUUGGGCCCUUGAGAGCUUCUGAGCUCGCUCGCUCGUUCGUCACCAUCGUCAUCGUCGAGCAUGGUCUGCGAGACGGAGACGAUGGUGUUCAUCUCGGCUCCAUGUCCGCGGGCUCUAGUGUAGUGUAGUGUAGCUAGACUCGGCCAGCUGGAGAGGAAGGACGGAGAAGAGAGAUGGAGAUGGAGAUGGAGGCCAGGAGGACUAGCGAUUAUAGGAGUAUAGGCUUGUGAUGAGGAAUGAAGGGCAAAAGGGUUGAUUCGAUCGAGGUCGGCAACGGCGACCUCGAAGGGUGGGGGCUUGCGAACUCGCGCGGACUCGGACUCGGACUCGAGUCCAAAAGACGAGGAGCAAGAGGAGCAAGAGGAGCAAGAGGACAGGGCCGCGCAGAUUCCCGUCGCUCGCCCUCGUUCCACGACGGCAGCCCCUCGCGCCUGUGGGUCAGAGGGCCGGAUCAAAAGAUCUGGGCGUGCAUCGCGCUCCUCCUGCUCCUGCUCCUGCGACCUCGGGCCUGCCGAAGAAGGUCCGCACUGAACGAGCAUGCACGCAGACGCAGACGCGAGCGACCAAAAGCCCCCCACGCCCCUUUUCAUUAUUACUUGGCCCAAGCGCUCAGCAAAACCGACCGUUUCGAUAAUCUCUCGAUAGAUUUGGCUUCGCUGUUCGCCGCCAGUCUCCGCGAUGCGAUGCGAGAUAUGGCUCUGCUGCACUUUUGCUGCCAGCAGCAGACGGUGCCAGAAAAAGGCACCAACCUGCCCAAAGCAGCAGCCGUCGAUGCCAUCCAUGCCCCUUUCCUCUCCGCCUGUCGAGGCAGCAGCAGCGAGAGAGAGCACAUCUGAAAUCCGUACUUUCCCCGAGCCCUCCCUGCCUGUCUUUGAUCGACCAUCCCAUCCCUUCCCUUCCCUCUCGAUCGGACUAGUUUACAUUUUGCAUUUGCUCAGAAAUUCCGAUUUACUUGAUCGGCCAUGCACUUGCUUCGGGAAGGGUGAGGGGAAGGGAACAUAUGAUGAGCAAAAGAAAAGGAUAGAAGGCAAUCCAAUCCCACUUUAUAUGUCUGAAAACUUGCCACCGAAGUGUAGGGCUGCAUUCUUACAAUGUCAUGUGGACAGACAGAAACAAUGAUCACCUCGGAGCUCAUCCAGUCGGUGACGCUACGACAUUGGGCCGGGCUCAGGAUAACACUGGCUCACCGGAACGCGAGCCCUUGGCCCGAACGGAACCAGCAGGUCGAGGAGCGAGGAGCGAGGGCGGAUCUCGGUGAGCUCAGCUCGGCUCGGCAAUCAUAGCGUCACUUGACAUGGCCGAGAGAAGUCGCCAGCAACCGCUCUGCAGGGGCAGCAGCGGCAGGUGAUGAUGAUUACUGGAAGCCCAGCCCCCGCAUGCGAAUGGGGCACUCGGAAAGCAAGGGACGGAGCUCAUUAGCCGGGGCGCAAAAGAGCAAUGAAUGUGCACGGUAGGUACUGACCGUAGUGUACCCUUUGUCCUGGGCCUGACUCAAAGCGCGAGCCCUGGGCUUGUCAGCGCUCGGCUAUUUUCCGCUCGCCGUGGUUUGGUGGCACCAGGAUUUCGAGCCCCCUGCGGGCUAAUAAUAGUGCCUGAACCCCCGGCCCCC